UUCUCAAAAAUCUUUCUUCGCCAAACCCGAUUGAAUUCCUUCCAACUCCAACAAACCCAAAUCCAUCACCCCUAGCCUCUAGCCUACUAGUGUAAUUCCAUAGUAAUCUAUAUAUACCAACACAACAAACAACACAUCGAACAGCAUUCAGUUCGUAUCGACCAUGACGGACCCCGAGACGCAAGCCAAGAUUGACGCUGCCUUGGAUGCAGCAUUGGAUGAUUUGGAUGACAGCGAUGAGGAAGAGGAGGAACAGUUCGCCGAUGCCAGGCAAUCACCCGACGAGAUCACAGAAACCGCUCCCAAAAAUAGUGUGGAAGAUCCUCCUCCUGCUACGAGUACUGCUACCAAUUCUGCGGCAACUGCACAGUCGGACACCCAACCACCCGUCGUGGAUCAAAUGGACCAUUUGAUGCAGCAGUUACUACAAGGAGGAGGAGAUGGGGAAGACGAAAUGUUGGGUCAUUUUCUACAAGCCAUGCAAUCCCAACUGGGACAACUCCAAAAUCUCGAAACUGGACCCAAAACGCCUCGACCAUCCACCGUCGUUCCACCUCCACCUACUACAACCGGAAAUACCGAUGCCGAUAUUGAUCAAACGCUCAAUUCGCUCUUUGAAAAUCUACAACAACAAGCCAAAGACACAACUACCAAUACUUCUACCAAUAACAAUAACAAUUCCACGGAAACAACAUCAGAACUCGACAUGCUACAAGAAAUGAUGCAACAACUGGGGACUACUAUUGGAAACGAUAAUGAUGAUGGAAAUACAGAUGGAGCCGAUGCCCUGAUCGAUGGAAUGAUGCAACAAUUAUUGUCCAAAGAACUCAUGUACGAACCCAUGAAAUCCGUCACGGAAAAAUUUCCGCAAUGGCUGGAAGAUCACAAAGACAAAUUACCACCCACACAAUACACCAGUCGCUGUCAACAAUACAAAUGCUUUCAAAAAUUGGUGCAUGCCUACGAUACCGAACCCGACAAUACACCACUGCUCAUGAAACUCAUGCAAGACGUUCAAGAAUUUGGGCAGCCUCCCGUAGAGAUUGUGCAAGAUAUUGCACCCGGACUGGAAUUUGAUGCAGAGGGGGUCCCCAAAAUGGAGAGUGCCAUGCCACCCUUCCUGGCGGGAGAUGAAGAGUGUCGGAUCAUGUAAACGUAGCGUAUUGUACUACAGUACGGUAUGAUCAGGAACCUUUUAUUUUAAAAAAAGCAUGACAAUAAGCAGCACCGUCGCAACUCUUAAAACGAAUUUAUCAUGGACUCGCAUGCUGUUGGCAAGCCAGCAACAGCAUCAUAGACUACCGGUAGCUAGCUACGGUAGAGUACUGUACAAGGAUCAGAAACGAAACCUUAUAAAUCGAUCCUCUCGGUAUAUGCAUACUUUAGAGCUCUUACAGUACCGUAUCGCACCUUCUACUGGUUGUCUUCCCCCAUUCCAACUCGAGCCACGGGCUGGACAACCUCUUUCGCCUUCAUCGCAGCAAACCGUGUUGGGCUGAUGGAGGUACUAACUAGUACUACUAUUAAAUAGUACCGUACCGUAGCUAGCAGAAGCAGAUCCGAACACGUACUAUUAA